AUGAAGGUUUUCAUUGUACUCACUUUGAUUAUCGCUGGCGUUAGCGCGAAAGUAGAGGAGCAGGUCCAUCCCAAGGAUCUUCCCAGGUCAGCUAAGAUCCAGGGUCGCAUCACUAAUGGUUACCCCGCAUACGAGGGCAAGGCUCCCUAUGCCGUGGGUUUGAGCUUCAAUGGCUGGUGGUGCGGUGGUUCCAUCAUUGCUCACGACUGGGUGCUGACAGCUGCUCACUGCACCAACGGUGCCAGCUCUGUGACCAUCUACUAUGGUGCCACCUGGCGCACCAACGCCCAGUUCACCCACACCGUCGGCAGUGGAGACCGUAACGACAUCAUCAACCACCACAACGCUGAUAUUGCAUUGAUCCGCAUUCCCCAUGUGGACUUCUGGCAUAUGGUUAACAAGGUUGAGCUACCCAGCUACAAUGAUCGCUACAAUGACUUUAACGAACGCUGGGCUGUCGCCUGCGGCUGGGGUGGUACCUAUGAUGGUAGCCCAUUGCCCGACUGGCUCCAAUGCGUCGAUCUGCAGAUCAUACACAACUCCGAGUGCCAGAGAACAUAUGGUUCUGGCACUGUUACCGACAACAUUCUCUGUGUCCGUACUCCUGAUGGCAAGUCCACCUGCGGUGGUGACUCUGGCGGCCCAUUAGUCACACAUGACGGCAACAAGUUGGUCGGUGUUACCAACUUUGGCACUAGUUCGUGUACAUCUGGCGCUCCAGCUGGCUUCCAACGUGUCACCUAUCACUUGGACUGGAUCCGUGACCACACUGGAAUUGCUUACUAUUAGUAUGAUUCAUG